CCUAAACAGACGGAGGGGUUAUGCAUUGUGCUCAGUGUGUCAGUACUGCAUCCACAGAGGAGGACAGGAGGGAGAGAGGGCCACACAGCAACACGGCCGGCUAAAAUAAACCCUGAGCUUGCAGAGAGGUAGAGACAGAGAGAAAGAGAAAGGACUUUCAGGACGAAUCUGUGAUCAUUUGUGAAGCUUCUCCCCGGACUGUGCAGCCUUGCGCUUUUGCUGCCAUCAGUCGCCGGGCUGCAGGAGGAAGAGCUGGGGGAGGACUCGCCUCCUAAAAAAAAAAAAAAAAAAAAAAAAAAAAAAAGCCCGAUCUGUCGGUGGCGGAAGGGACGUGAUAUGAACCCCUCGUCGGUGUAAACGGCACCUGAAUAUCCCUGUUUUCUGGAGGCUCGGAGGGACAUUUGUACCUUUUUUUAACCUGCAGCCGAAGGCCCACGAGAAAUACCCACAGAACCCGCAGCGAUGCCCGGGUUUGAUUACAAGUUUCUGGAAAAGCCGAAGAGACGGUUCCAGUGUCCGCUCUGCAGCAAAGCGAUGCGGGAGCCGGUCCAAGUGUCUACCUGUGGACACCGUUUCUGUGACACCUGUCUGCAAGAAUUUCUGAGUGAGGGCGUCUUCAAGUGUCCGGAGGAUCAGCUGCCGUUGGACUAUGCCAAGAUCUACCCAGAUCCAGAGCUGGAGCAGCAGAUCCUGGCUCUGCCCAUCCGCUGCAUCCACAGCGAGGAGGGCUGCCGCUGGACAGGCCAGAUGAAGCAGCUGCAGGGCCACUUCUCCACCUGCGCCUUCAAUGUCAUACCCUGCCCCAACCGCUGCUCCGUCAAGCUGACGCGCCGCGACUUGCCCGACCACCUGCAGCACGACUGCCCCAAGCGCAAGGUCAAGUGCGAGUUUUGUGGCAGCGAGUUCACCGGUGAAGCCUACGAGAACCACCAGGGUGUGUGUCCUCAGGAGAGUGUUUACUGUGAGAACAAGUGCGGGGCGAGGAUGAUGCGUCGUCUGCUGUCCCAACACAGCAUGGCUGAGUGUCCCAAACGCACACAGCCCUGCAAGUACUGCGGCAAAGAGUUUGUCUUUGACACAAUCCAGAACCACCAGUACCACUGCCCUCGGUUUCCUGUCCAGUGCCCAAACCAGUGCGGCACACCCAACAUCGCCCGGGAGGACCUGGCUAACCAUGUGAAGGACAACUGCGGCAGCGCGCUCGUUCUCUGCCCCUUCAAAGACGCUGGCUGCAAACACAGGUGCCCCAAACUGGCCAUCGGCCGUCACCUGGAAGACACCACUAAAUCUCACCUGACUAUGAUGUGUAACCUGGUGGGUCGCCAGCGGCAGGAGAUCCUGGAACUGCGGAGGGAGAUGGAGGAGCUGUCCGUCAGUCACGACGGCGUCCUCAUCUGGAAACUCAACGACUACUCGCGCAAACUCCAGGAGGCCAAACUGCGAAGCAACCACGAGUUCUUCAGCCCGCCCUUCUACACCCACCGCUACGGCUACAAGCUGCAGGUGUCAGCCUUCCUGAACGGUAAUGGCAGCGGCGAGGGCUCCCACCUCUCCGUCUACAUACGCGUGCUGCCCGGAGAGUAUGACAACCUGCUGGAGUGGCCCUUCUCCUACAAGGUGACUUUCUCCAUCCUGGACCAGAGCGACCCAUCGCUCUCCAAACCCCAGCACAUCACCGAGACCUUCAACCCUGACCCCAACUGGAAGAACUUCCAGAAGCCCUGCAGCAGCCGCAACUCGCUGGACGAGAGCACCCUGGGCUUCGGCUACCCCAAGUUCAUCUCCCAUGAGGAGAUCAAGAAGAGGAACUACAUCCGCGACAACUGCAUCUUCAUCAAAGCUUCUAUAGAGAUUCCCCAGAAGAUAAUGGCUUAAGAUCUGACCUUUGUUUUCUUUUCAUGAAGGAAGGAAGAUAGGUUAAUGACUGGAACUGACACUUAACCUUGAAAACUUCUACACACUUACCCUUUAGAUUCUUUCUGCCCUUACAGCCUCUCCACCACAGAGUUUGACGCAAGUUUGUUUGGCUGUGUGAGCUGACUUGGAGGACCUUGAUGUACCACAGAAGAGAAAGUGUUUGGUCCACAGAACCAUCACUCUCUGGUGUUUCUUUUUAUUCAUUUUUUUAAAAAAAAAAAAUCUGUUUGCUGACCUUUUAUCACAGUCUACAACACAAAGCCUUGGAAAUCAAACAGUGCCUAGAGAGUUUAUCUUAAGUUAUAUUUUUGUUGUUAUUUUCUGCAGUACAGAUGUUAAAGAUUAUGGAAAAGAUAUAAGAUAAGGGUGAAGGGCUUCACUAAGCCUCUGCACUUAGAGUAGAGAGAAAGUUAGAGGCUGGUUAGAGACGUCCUGUUUUACUUGGAGUGUUCUAAAGAGGGAGCUCAACAGACUCGCGCUCAAGCCCAACUGCCUUUUGUUUACAUGCUCGUACAGUAUACUCCCACUGAUCCCUUAACAAACACAGAUCCCUUGGUAAGAGACUACUCGCGAGGUUUGUGCACACACAAACAAACAAGUCAAUGUUGUCAGGUGAGAAAACCUGCAGCUCCAAUCUUCGUGAUUAAAGGAAUGAUUCGACAUUUCUCAUCAAGCGUUAAAUGAGAGGAUCGACACCACUUUGAUAUGUGUCUGCCAAAUUUGAAGCUAUAGCCAGCAGUCAUCUAGCCUAGCUUAGCAUAAAGACUGGAAACAAAGGGAGACAGCUAACAGAGGUGUAAAACCAGCACAUUGUGGCUUUACAAUAAGCUAGCUGUUAGCCUGUUUGCCCGUUUGCCAUCCUUAUGCUAAGCUAACCUAAAUGACUGCAGGCUGUGGCUUUGUAUUUAAAAGACUAGUCUGAGGAAAUAUCCUUCUUCGCUUUCUUACCAAUGGUACGAUGAGAAGCUUGAUAACACUUUCAUGUCUGUACACUUCAGGAGUGCAAACCAUGUACUAAACACAGACUUCACAGUGAUCCUAAGAGGCUUCAUAUCUUUUGUGGAGUCCACCAGUAAGAGAGAAAAAAAAGCACCUUUCAUCAGUCUUCGGAUGAGCAUAGCAGACAAAGAGGCCAGCUGUCAGAGUACACGUGCAUUUAAUAGUGAAGGAAAAGCCAUGUGGCCUUUUUAUACAGUAUGUCUUCGCAUGAGGGUUUUAGGGGUGAGCAGGGCAACAUAAACACAUGCAUGCUUCAUGUGCUACCACCUGGACCACAUUUUUGUACUGUAACCUGUAUUCUUGAAAUCCUCUCCCGUUGAUGGCUAUUUUGUCUCUUUUAAUUUUUUUUUUUUUUUUUGGACCAUUUGAAAGUUGACGAAGAGUCAAAAUGAUUUUUUGUUUUUGUUUUUUGUUUUUUUGUUUGUUUUAUAUACAAAAAUGUGAACGCUGUUGGUAAUGUUAACCUAUAAAGACAAUGAACACUUGUCUGUGAAGUGUAUUGUUUUACAUAGCCUGGGUGUGGAUGGUGCACGGAGGUUGUCAGAAAAGAUGGUUCAUGAAACGGUCUCUGCAAACAUGUGGGUGUCUCGGGACUGACUGCACCUUUGUCGUUACCAUGGCCACUGGUGUAUAUCUUCAGCUCGGCACACAAUGUGCAGCAAGGAUAUUCGGUUGGAGUGAGGCGGCCCAGUGUGAUACACCUGUCUCCAUCACAACACCAUCUGAGGGAUGGAGGACUCUGAUAAUACAGUACACUCAUGAUGUAUGUGAAUACUAAUGUAAAAAUGCAGAAGCACAUUCUGUCUUUUUAUUACUAUACAUGGAAAAAAAAUCCCUGAUUUCUUGUCAUAAUACCAGCUGAUAUUUUACAGUGAUUUAAAGAAGUGAGAAGAUAAAAAAAAAAAAACUUUUUUGUAAGAUUCUGUAUUUUUAAAAAUGCUUAGCUGUUUUAUACAAAAACUUUUCGUUGGAGAGUCGGGGUUGACUUUGGGAAUUUUCAGACCCUUUCGUCUCUUGGACAUUUGGAUAAUUUGUUUGUCCGUGUGGUUUGAGCCUCACAUAUUCUGUCUGUAUUAUUUCCUCUUAAAAGUAUUUAUUUUAAGGAGCCGUCAUGUGAAUUUGCACAGAUGGCACAAAUGUUUUAAUAUGUUGACUGAUGAGUGCUUGUCAAUUUCUUAAUUGAAAUAAAAUACCAUAUAUUAUAA